AUGCAGCUCAAACAGUUAGAGCCCAGUGAAACCCUGCAAAGUCGAGAAGAUCAAUUCAACAAAAGACAACAUGUCAACGUAUACUCUGCUGCUGUUAUCUUCUUUAUCACUCUGAGCUCUGCUGCUUAUGGCUACGCAGGCUCUGUCAUUGCAACUACCCUCACGCAGCCGUCUUUCAUAACACAUAUGGAACUGGACACGGCUACGAAUGCCGAGUCCAUUGAAGGUGCAAUGAAUGCGCUGUUCUACACCGGAGGCGUGUUUGGAAGUUUCUUUGCAGGGUGGAGCAGCAAAAAGUUUGGUCGCAAGUUCUCAACAGGUUUUGGAAAUGCUCUGUUAGUCAUUUCUGGGGCGUGUAUGACAGCUUCGAUCAACCCCACCAUGUUCAUUGCCUUCCGCUUCGUGAGCGGCUUCGGCAGUCAGUGGCGCGGGCCUAUCGCACUUCAGAUGGCGCUACCUGUUAUUAUCUUGUCUGGUUUAUACUGGAUGCCAGAAUCGCCGCGAUACUUGUUGUCCACGGAUCGCCACGAAGAAGCCCGUGACAUAAUCUUCCGUAUGCAUUCAAGCCCACUUGAUCCGGAGCAUGAGUUUGCUCGCCGCGAAUUCUUCCAGAUGAAGAAACAGAUCCUACUUGACGCCGGGUUCGCUACAUCAUAUUGGAGUCUUCUCAAAAAAAGCUCCAUGCGGAAACGCUUGGCAAUGACAGUUUUUCUCGAGUUUGUUCUGAUGAGCUCAGGUAUUUUAGUUAUCCUAAAUUAUGGCUCUAUCAUCUGGAAAUCUCUCGGCUUUGACACAGUGCAGAUCCUUAACUUUCAGUGCGGCUUUCAGCUAGCUGGGUUUGUCUUCAACGUCAUCGCCAUGACCUUCGUCGACCGCGUGCGCCGGCCUUGGCUUAUUGCUGGUGGCCUCUUGGGCUGCGGCGCAUUGGUCGGUAUCUUAACUGCACUGCAGAGUUUCUACCUUGGUACCGAGAAUCGCGCAGGACUAGGUGCCUGUGUCGCUGUCAUUUUUCUUUUCCAAGCCACGUUCUCACUUACCUUGGAUGGACCAACAUAUUUCUAUAUUGCUGAGAUCUGGCCUUCGCAUGUCAGGUCCCAAGGAUUUGCAAUCGCUAUGGCUGUCCUUUCAGCUACCAACCUAAUGUGGCUACAGGCUACCCCUUAUGCCAUAAGUACCAUCUCAUGGCGCUGGUAUCUAGUAUUCACAUGCAUUCCGGGCACUGCGGCGGUCUUAGUCAUUAUUUGGUUUAAGGAUACCCGGAAUAAGCCUCUUGAGGAGAUUGCGGGGAUGUUCGGGGACGACGAUAUGGUUGCUGUGUAUCAGCGGGAGUUGAAUAACGGUGGACUGUAUGAUGCAGAUGAGGUUGGAAAUUACAGUAAAAACUCAAACGGCCUAUCGGUUGAGAUGAUGGAAGAGGCUUGA